AUGGCUCGCCAUCUAGCAACAAACAACCACGGCACGCAAACUCGGAGUAAGAUCCUCGGCAAACUCGUAGCGAUGCCCGCCCUCCCGGCCGUACCCAACAUGGACGAUUUCGAGGCCGAGUACGACAGUUACCGGGCGCAGGUCUCCGUCUGGCGUAAAAAGAAGUGCCUGCUGGUUCUGGCCGGCAUGGGUUCCAAGACAGAGCCAGUCGCGUUUGAGAAAGCCUGUCGUGCCCAGUUCUCGCACCCGUAUGCUGCCAAGUUUCUGUGGAUGCUGAACAAGAAGGCGAAGCGAAAACACCAAGGAAAGGUCGCUGUCGGCUUUGAUGAUCCAUCCCAGCGCGAAGCGGCGGUACCAGACUUGUUGCGCUGGACUUGGAAAAACCAUCAGAUCCAGAUCGAAGGCAUGAGCUACAAAAAGUACCUGAAUGGUCUCCCCGCCGGGCAAGCUGCUCCGAAGAAGUCGACUCAAAAUCGACCGUUGCCGUCUACCCAACAGAACACUUUCCAGCCUCUCAAAGAGCCCCAGGCUCAUCGAAUCGUGCCUCAAAAUACUGCUGCCACUGUUGCCACUGCUGCGCCCUUCUCGGCUAGUGUUGCUCCUCCGAAGCAAGCAGGAGAUCCCUCUCCCACUACCAACAUCCAACCCAAAACUCGUGCUCUACAAAUAAUGGCAGUCCCCAAAUCGCCCUUCGUCAUUGACCUGACUGGCGACUCAUAUCUAGAACCCACCUGCUCUGUCCCGAAUUGCGUCGUGACGGCUGUCAAUGUCCCUUGCGCAGCUGCGGCCGCUGUCCACGAGGCAGCGGGCAUUACCGCCGUGACUGCGGCCGCCGCGCAAACUGCCGUGGAUGAGGCCCAGGCGGCUACGUUUCGAGCAUUCAAUGCUGAAACAAGGGGCGACCUGGUAGCUGCCGCGGCCGCCAGGGAGGAUGCUGCCGCGGCGGACGAGAGAGCCCGGACCGCAUAUGGGGCGGCGGCAACUGCUGCUCGUCUUGCUGCUGCGUACUCGGGCAGCAUUAGCCUCCGAGGCAUUCGCCAUCAAUAUUGA